GACGUCCUGUGUUGGCCUGUAACGAGUGGCGGGGGUGUGUAGAGCAGGGCAGGCCGUGGACGUGUAUUGAUUGGUUUCCUUGGGCGGCGCACAGGAACGUGUAAUAUGGUGGGAAUAUGGUGAAGAUGGUGCACCGGGGAGGCCCAGGGAGCGGUGGAGCUGGAGGAAACACAAUGGGUGACAGACAGCGUAAUUUUGCGCAAUAUGCUACAGCCCUGAACCAAUAUGCAAAUUUUAACAGCGACGGAGGAAGUGCUGAGCGCAGCCGGGACCGGGGUGAUGGGGGGAGUGGGGGUGCUAGUCAUGGGGGGACAACUGCGGCCGGGAAUGCAGCUCUUUGGGGGGAGCUGAGCAGGUCACUCCAGUACAACAACUACCCUGGGUUUGGCUCAGCAUGGCAAGGAGGUGGUGGUGACAUGCGGCUGUAUGGCUAUGGAGGUUAUGGGGAGGCACAGGUGGAUGGGCGGGCUGAGGCCCGCUCUGAGAGCCGUGGGGAAGGCCGGAGAGUGCCCAGCAAGGGUGAGACAAAGGCCACUCCCCCACUUCCCCCAGGGAUGGCCCCAGGGGUGGGGUCAGCCCUAGCCUCCCUGCAGCAGCUGGUUGCUGGAGGUGGGGAUGCUGCAGCUGUCUAUCGUGUCCUGGCGGCACGGCAGUA